AUGUCUGCAGCCCCCUUGUCUCGACCGGACCUUACAAGAUUCGGGUACAGUUCUUCGAGCGACUCCGAGGACGAGGUUAUGCGUAAGCCGAACUCGGGCGGUAGUAGUAAUAGCCAGAAAAAGAAAAAGAAGCGCAAGUCGCCCCCGCAGAAGACCAUCAACAAGAUAUGGAGACGUUUUACCGCCAAAGAGUUCACCAAGGCUUUGGCCAUUCUCCCCUUCGAUCCGGUCCCGCUCCCCAGCACGCCCGAGCGCCCUAACGAGCUGCUUUGGGCGGGGUAUGAGCGGGCUCGCGAUGAAUGUUCCCGCAAAGUGAAGAAAAUCAUCAGUGAGUGUAAGCGUGUUAACACGCGCUACAGAGACCCUGGCUUCGAUCUGGACUGGGAUCUCAAGUGGUCGAAGGGUUACUGCCUCAACUACCUAGGAUCGAAUAAGUUCGACCUCUCUAACGUGACUUCGAGCGCAAACACGACUGUUCCGAAGGCUGUCAAGCGCGUGCACGAGAUUUUCGAGAAACCCACGUUCAUGAAGAACAUCAGCGCUGGGGAUAUAAAGCAGGGCUCGCUCGGCGAUUGUUGGCUCAUUGCCAGCUUCAGUACUCUUGCUAAUGUCGAAGGCGGGAUCGAACGCAUGUGCGUUGAAUAUGAUACUCGUGUUGGCAUCUACGGCUUCGUCUUCUAUAGAGACGGCGAGUGGGUUUACUCUAUAAUCGACGACAAGCUCUAUCUAACCUCGCCGUGCUGGGACUCGCCAAGCUUGCAGCGCGAGAUGCUGCAGCAGGACGAUCGGGAGGAGACGGAAAAGAUAUACCGUAAGACCUACCAGACGGGAUCUAAGGCUCUCUUCUUCGGCCAAUGCAAGGACCAGCAUGAAACCUGGGUUGCGCUGGCUGAGAAGGCGUAUGCGAAGGCUCACGGCGAUUACGGUUCUCUGGCCGGAGGAUGGAUUGGCGAGGGACUGGAGGAUCUUUCUGGCGGUGUCACUACUGAGCUUCUCACCUCCGAUAUUCUUGAUAUCGACGCAUUUUGGGACGAUGAGCUGAGCAAGGUGAAUCGAGAGUUCCUCUUUGGGUGUGCAACUGGCCUACUCGAUGGCGGUUACGGUGAUCGUAAUGGCAUCCGAGAGGGACACGCGUACGUCGUCAUGGAUGCUCGGACGUUGAAGAAUGGCCAGCGCCUGGUGAAGCUCCGCAACCCCUGGGGGAAGACCCGUAAAGGCGUUUGGGAGGGCCCGUGGUCGGAUGGGUCGAAAGAGUGGAACAACGAUGUGAAAAAUGAGCUCGAUCACCAGUUCGGGAAUGACUCCGUUUUUUGGAUCCCCUACGAGGAUAUGCUCGAGAAACUGCCGCAUUUCGACAGAACUCGUCUUUUCCGUGACCCCGACUGGCGAUGCUGCCAGCGAUGGAUCGGCGUCGAAGUCCCGUGGAAAUCACAAUGGAAUGAGAAAUUUCACAUCAAGCUGACCAAAGAGUCUCCUCUCGUCCUUGUGCUGCAACAGCUUGAUAACCGAUACUACCGAGGUCUUCACGGCCAGUACAAUUUCCGGCUACACUUCAGAAUGCACGAACAAGGCCGGCCGGAUAGCGAGGACUACAUCGUCCGUUCCCACGGAAAUUACCUCAUGGAUCGCUCCGUAUCGGUUGAGAUACCGUCCAUGGAACCAGGGAACUAUUCCAUCUUCAUUAGCAUCGAGGGAGAGCGCAACACCCACCUGCAAGCCGUCGAAGACGUGGUCAAGGAGCAAUGCCGUAAGCGGGUAGAAAAUGAGAAACUGGCUCAAGUCGGGUACGCGUAUGACUUGGCUCAUAGUAAAGGGGUCGCCCAUCUGGAGCAGGUCGCAAAGCUUCGCAAGACAUCCAAUCAGAAAAAGGCGAGUUCUUCGCGCAUGGAAGAACGACGUAAGCAGUGGGAAAGGCGACACUUGCGCCGAGAGAUCACGAAGAAGCAGAAGGAGAAGAACCAGGAGAAGUGCAACCGACGGUGGGAGGAAAAGAAAGCCAAGGCCGAGGCAGAAGCUGCCGCAAAGAAGAAGCAAGAGGAGGCUGAGGCGGCCGAGAAAGAGAUGAUUAAGAAAGCCGAAGAAGCUGAACGCAAGAAGGAGGAGGAGGAGAAGCCGAAGAAUGCGGCCGUGCAGACGGACGAGCAUCAAGCCGGCGAGGAUAAGAGCAGCCAAACGGAUCCUGCGAGCACUGAGGGCAGCCCAGACAGUCCUGAGCCAUCCGGCAAGGCCAAGGAUACCGAGUCUGGAGAUGCCCACAAACCUCCGGCCGCAGAUACUAAAGAUGACCAAGCCUCAAAGGACAAAGAUACCCCCGCGGCGAAAGGUGAAGACGCUUCCAAACCAGAACCCGCCUGUUCGGAAGUCAAGAAGCCUACGGAGAAAAUCGCCGCCAAGGAACGCAAGAAAUCGGCGCCUUCGCCGGAGCCGUCGGACGGCGAUUCUUCCGACAGCCCAAUCGAGGACUGGGAGCUGCUGUACUCGUCGGACGACAUGUCGAAGAAGCCGCGGGCGGCGCCGGCUCCGUCGCCGGCUCCGUCGCCGAGCGGCAACGACGCGGCGCAGGACAGCGACGGCGAGUCGAAGCUGCCGGAGCCGUGGAACGCGGUCUGCGUAGCCGGGUUCCGGGUGUACUCGAAGGACGAAGGGCUCGUGCUGCGGGUCGUGGUCGAGGGCGGGGACAUGGCGGAGAACGGGAUGGGCGAGAAGGGGGCGGCCGACAUCGACAACGCGCAGAUGAACGCGGGGGGCGAGCGGGAGAAGGGCACGAAGGGCGAGCCGCAGGACGGCGGCGAGGAGGUCGAGAUCGUCGACGGCGUCGCCGUCACCAAGCACAAGGUCGUCGCGCCGGACAAGGACGGCGACGGCGACCAGGAGAAGAACGAGGGCGAGAAGGGAGGGGGAGACACCGAGGCCCCCGAGAGGACGGCCGGCGGGAAGAAGCCGAGGAAGAAGAAGGCCAAGAAGGGCGAGGCGGACGGCGAUGAAGGGGACGACGAGGAAGAGAUGCCGGAGGAGGGGGAGGGGGAGGAGAACAAGGGGAAGAAGGGAGAGCACAAGGGGAAAAAGGAAGAGAAAUAUGGUGAGAAGAAGGACGACGACGAGCAGAAGGCGAAAGAUGAGAAGGCGGGAGAGGAUGAGGCGGAAGGAGAGAAAGUAGCAGAGGAGAAAGAGGAAGAGAGGGAAGCCAAGGAGGAGGAGGCGGGGGAGAAGAAAGAAGACGAGACGGCAAAGGAGGCAGGGAAAGACGAGGAUGCGGCGGCGCGAGAAGCCGGCGAGGAAAGCCAGCCGCCGCCGGCGGAGGAGGAGGAGGAGGAGGAGGAGGAGAAGCGAGGCGACGCGGCCGGGGAGUCGGACGCGUCCGAGGAGUCGGCCGACGACUCGGCGCCCAUCAUGACGCCCGACUCGGACCGCAGCGUCGAGUGCAAGCCGCAGCUCCCGCGCGCCGCGUAG